ACUGAAAGCCAGAUCUGGACACAUGGCGACUGCAGGAAAGGUGAUUAAAUGCAAAGCCGCAAUCAUCUGGGAAGUUGGCCAAAUGCCUUCUGUUGAGGAAGUGGAGGUGGCACCGCCAAAAAGCCAUGAAAUUCGAGUGAAGAUAGUGGCCACUGGGAUCUGUGCGACAGAUUAUCAUGUAGUGAAAGGCAUUUUUCCUAAUGUUGACUACCCAGUUAUUGCGGGUCACGAAGGAGCUGGCAUUGUUGAAAGUAUUGGACCAGGAGUCACUUGUGUACAGCCAGGUGACAAAGUCAUUCCUCUCUGUGUUCCCCAAUGUGGAGAAUGCAACUGUUGUUUAAGUCCUAAAGCUAACUGUUGCCUCAAGGCCCACCUCUAUAAACCUGUUCAAAACCUGAUGCCAGAUAAGACCAGCAGGUUCACCUGCAGAGGUAAACAGAUCCACCACUUCCAGUGGACAAGCACCUUCUCCGAAUACACAGUUGUGCCUGAGGCUUCCAUUGCAAAAAUCCGCAAUGAUGCUCCACUGGAUAAAAUCUCCCUCUUCGGCUGUGGGUUUUCUACUGGCUAUGGAGCUGCCAUCAAUUCUGCCCGAGUUGAGCCUGGUUCUACCUGUGCUGUCUUUGGCUUGGGAGGUGUAGGUCUGUCUGUUGUCAUAGGCUGCAAAGUCGCUGGAGCAUCCAGGAUUAUUGGGAUUGACAUCAACAAAGAUAAAUUUACUAAGGCCAAAGAGUUAGGAGCCACAGAAUGUAUCUCACCUCAAGAUUUCAAGAAGCCCCUGAAUGAGGUUCUGGUAGAAAUGACAGGCCUUGGCGUGGACUACGCAUUUGAAGUGAUUGGACGCACGGACACUGUGGUCACUGCCUUUAAAUCAUGCCAUUUGGGCCAUGGCACCUGUGUGAUGGUUGGGGUACCUCCUGCAGGAUCACAACUCUCCAUCGAACCUAUUCUGCUCCUCACAGGAAGGAAAUUAAUAGGAAGUUUGCUUGGAGGUUGGAAGUUAAAAGAUGCUCUCCCUAAACUGGUUUCAGAUUACAUGAACAAGAAAUUUAAUACAGAUUCAUUAAUAACGCACACAUUGCCUUUUGAGAAAAUUGCUGAAGGCUUUGAGCUUUUAGUUGCAGGAAAAAGUAUUCGCUGCAUUUUGUUGUUUUAAAUUUCCAGAAGCAACUAGCAAGAUGGGCCUCAGCUGGACACAUAAGCUUUGCAUCCCUCCCCAAAUUCAACAGAGCUUUUAUUGAAAUAGUUGAGGGUUUAACAACCAAUAAGAGUUGAGAAGCAAAUGUAAGGGAAACAUUUAACCCUUACAUACAUUAUUGUAACCUGCAAAUAUAAGGUGGGGGUGCUUUUAAGAUGUUGUUAGGACCACCUGGUGAACUUCGGUGACCCUGGAACCCCAGACUUUCCAGUAGUUUGCUAGUUCUUCCAGCUCCAUCAGCACAGCACUUAUGCAGUAAGCCCCAGGAGUCUGCACACUUCUGCUUUGCUUUCUAGAGUGGGUUUAUGGCAAGAUUACCAUACCCAUAUUUCCGCAGGCUAUUAAUAUAGUUAGCUAAUCUUUUACUCUUUAGUAAAGGUGUGUGUGUAUUGUAGAAUUUUCUACCUGCUUAGAUUGUAUCUUUGCUGUCUGCAGCAGCAUUCUUAUAUAUUCUAUUGCUCCUAUUUGAUAUAAUAAAACAAGCUUU